AGUUACAUUACGCUUAUACAUAGUUCCAAAAGGCUUAACUAACUAGAAGAAGAAUAAAAUGGGUUCACUAGGAGAAGAGCCACAAGUAGCAGAAGACUGCAUGGGUCUGCUUCAACUCUUGAGCAACGGCACCGUUUUGAGAUCCAAGAGCAUUGACCUUAUCACUCAACAGAUCCCACUCGCUAACCACGAGACCGUUCUCUUCAAAGACUCGGUCUUCCACAAACCAAACAACCUACACCUCCGUCUCUACAAACCCGUUACCUCCUCUAACCGUACCAUCCCCGUCGUGGUCUUCUUCCACGGCGGUGGCUUUUGCUUCGGCUCACGUUCUUGGCCUCACUUUCACAACUUCUGCCUCACUCUUGCAUCCUCCCUCCACGCCCUUGUGGUGGCCCCUGACUACCGGUUAGCACCCGAGCACCGCCUCCCGGCUGCCUUUGAGGAUGCCGAGGCCGCGCUUACGUGGCUUCGGGACCAGGCUGUUUCCGGUGACUGUGACCGCUGGUUCGAAGGUGGACCGAGCGUUGACUUUGACAGGGUUUAUGUCCUUGGCGAUUCUUCCGGCGGGAACAUAGCUCAUCAUCUUGCUUUCCGGUUAGGGUCUGGUUCAGUCGAGUUGACUCCGGUUCGGGUUCGUGGUUACGUUCUUUUGGGACCGUUUUUUGGCGGGGAGGAGAGAACCAAGUCAGAGGAUGGCCCCUCUGAGCAAAAGCUGACCUUGGAUUUGCUUGACAAGUUUUGGAGACUUUCACUACCAGAAGGUGCAACAAGGGAUCAUCACAUGGCUAACCCUUUUGGACCGACGAGUCCUGCACUUGAAUCAAUCAGCAUAGAGAAAAUGUUGGUGAUCGCCGGCGGCUCAGAACUUCUACGAGACAGGGGCAAAGAGUACGCAUAUAAAUUGAAGAUGAGAGGGAAAAAAGUAGACUACAUUGAAUUUGAAAACGAGGAACAUGGUUUCUAUAACCACAGUCCAUCUUCCGAUGCUUCGCAACAGCUUCUUCGUAUCAUUGGAGACUUUAUGGACAACGUCUCUGAUAUAUUUUAGCAUUUGGCUUGUUGUAGCUAGGUCACUAAUAAGAGUUUACAUCAAUUAUAGGCUUCCACCUCAAUAAGUUUGCUUGGUGAAUCAUAUAUAAUAUAAAUAUAUAGAAUGCAUAGAAUGUUUUUGGUUUUCGUUGUAUCCAUGUCCAUCGUAAUUAUCUUCUAUAUAUGUUUCUUUUUAUCGUUA